GUAUAAUGAACCCCCUCAAGAUGUUUGGAAGAACCCUUAUUCUACGUUGCAUAGCAUCUUGACCUGUGGGCUUUGCCUGGCCAAGCCAUUGUGAGCGUUGGGUAGAGAGGAGUUCUUGACGAUCCGAUGGCAGCCGGCGCGCCUGACGAAAAAUUCCAAAAGCUUCGAGAAGAAAAUGAGCGGCGUCGAAAGAAAAAGGAGGAAGAGGAGAAGCGGCGGAAACAGGAUGAGGAACAGCAGGCCAAGGAGGCUCUGGAGCGGCGCCGUCUGGAGCGGCUGGAGCAGGAUGAGCGCAUGCGGAAGCCCUGGCAGCAGCCGCCCGCGCCUAAGAAGCCCAUCCUGCGUAAAGGAGCCAAGCAGAAGCCCAUGCAGCCUGCCAGCCCCGCUGUGGACCCCGUGCGGCAGUCCCAGGCGGAGGAGAAGCGCAAGGAGUGGCGGCAGGGGCUGCAAGACUUCAUUCGCCAGCAGCGCCAGGCAGCCAAGACGGGUGCUGGCGGCGCGGCUGCUGGUGGGGGUGGUGGCGGCGGGGGAGGGCAGGCAGCUGGAGGCGGGGGCGGGGGCGGACCCGUGGUUCCGCUGACGUGGGAGGAGCUGCGGAUGGCGGCGGAGGCGGGGUUCGAUGAGCUGCUGCGGCAGCAGGAGCUGCAGGCGGAGCAGGAGCCCCAGUCACGUGCCACACGGCACCGCUCACCGUACAGGGGGCCAUUCCGUGGGACUCCAGCCCCGCCGCAGGAGACGGUCCAAGUAGCGCUCGUCCCCACGCAGCAGUACCCGCCGCUGCCCUUACCGGCGGCGGCGUCCUCACCCCCUCCGCUACCGCCGCCAGGGGCGAGCCCCCGUCAGGGGGGAGGUACGGCAGCGGACCCUGCUGGGCAGCAUGGCAACAUGGCCGCUUCCAGCCUCAGUCCCGGGCUCAGCAGCGAGGCAUCCGCCCCAGCAGCCCCUGCCAUGGCCGCCGGCUGGCCACAACGCCAAGGAGAGGGCGCUGCUGACGGCGGUGAUGCCGAAGAACCCGCGGCUGUGCUGUACCCUCCGCGGUCGGAGGACGCCAUGGUGCCCGGGAGGAGCAGCUGGACGGAUGGGGGAUAUGGCGCGCCUGGGAAUGAAGCGGUUAGCAAUGGUCCUGCUAAGGGCUACGUCGGCGGUGGCGGAGAAGUAGGGGAAAGUGGCAUGAGUGGCGGUGGCGGUGGUGCAGGCAACAGCGUCGCCAGCUCCGGCGGCCUACGUCGCGGCGUGACGGCGGCGGCGCGGCACCGAGCGGCUCCUCUGGACCACGCGUCUCUGGACUUGGACGCUAAUCCCUCAGCGGCUGCUGCAGCUGCGGCUGCUGCACCAGAUCAGAUGGGCGGCCCUAGGUCGCCACGCAGCCCUGGCCAGCGAUUGCCGCUGCCUGGCCCAUACGACUCGCCGUCUCAGCAGCAGUGGCCCGAUCAGGGCGCGCAGCAACAGCAGUGGCCGGAUCACCCGCAGCCGCCGCCGCAGCAGCAACAACAGCAGCAGCAGCAAAGGCACUCCGCGGGGCAACGGCUGGCGAUCCCUGCGGACCCCUUGGAGGCGAGCCUCAUGGAGGGCGGCACAUUGGCAGCGCUUCAGCGGGAGGAUGGCUUCAGGCUGUCAUCUCCGCGACCCACGGGUCAGCCACAGCAGCAUCACCAGCAGCAGCAACAGUGGGAGCAACGGGCGCCGUAUCCAGAGCCGCAGCAUCACAAGGCGGUGCAGCAGCAGCGUGGCGAGGGGCCGAUGCUGCCACAGCAGCAGCCGCAGCAGCAGGUCGCAGGGCAGGACCAGCGCCAUGCCCGGCGGGGUUGGGGCGUCCCGUCGCAACCGCCGAAGCAGCUGCAACACCUGGCUGACCCACAGGAUGGCCUAGCCCUGCCGCCAUGGGCGGUUUCCAACGCAGACGCUAAGCCAGUGAUGGAAGCAGCAUUGGGCAUGAAGGAGGGUGCAAUGGGCGGUUAUGGUGCGGCCCCAGUGGGCGUGCAGACGCCGCCGUUGCCGACGCAGUGUCCCUCGCCGGAAACCUUGCGUCACAGCAUUGGCGUUGGCGAUAGCUGCGGGCCAGAGAUGUGGCAGCGGGAGUCGGUAAUGCUGCAGCAGUCCCCGCCGUUGCAGGUAUCCGGGCAAGGCGGCAAUGAGGGUACGGGUGGUGCACAGCCCAGCAUGCAAAGCGCCGCAGAGGGAGCGUCACUGUUGCAGGCACCGCAACCACAUCUGCAUGAAAGGCUGCAUGAGCAUGCUACAUGGACACCGCAGCGGACAGCGGAGUCGUACUCACCCCUUGUCGACCAAAGCAUUGACCUGGUUCGCUUCUCUUCGCCGCCCGGUCCGACGAUCUGCGGCGGAGCUAUGGAGGCGGCGGUGUCUCCGGACGCCAUGACCCUCUUGUCGCAACCCCUACACUCCCAAAAGGAACAUCCGGGCGUGUGCCAGGAGCAGUCCAGCUUUCCAACCGGCACAACUCGGGGCAUUACUGCGGCUGAGCCACGCUCGGUAGCUGCUGCACAGGAGCCGCCACCCAUACCGAUACCUGCUGACUCCAGCACUACCGGCCUCGCGCAUCCCUCUGUCGUAGCAGGUCCGCCGCAGCCCGCCGGCACUAGCAGCUCAUCCACCCCGCAUGCACCUGCCAACACAGCCCCACGUGACAGCGUAAGCUCGCUGCGGCAACCGUACGGCAAGUCUCUCGCAAGCUCCGCGGAUCUCCUUGCCUCGCAGUCCCUGCCCUCCCCUGCCCAGCAGCCGCAGCAGCCGCUGGUGUUUCCGCCCAUGGCACCUCCUCGACCGCCCUCCUCUGCUGGCCUGCCGCCCCUACCCAGCGGCCACCAUGCAGCCUCCACCCUGCCGACACCCCAUGCGGCCUCCACUUCUGAAUCCGCUCCCAUGCAGCCUUGUACGGCAUCAGCACCUGCGUCCGCAACCACAGCGCCUGUUGCUGCGUCGUCAUCUGCGUCCCGACCGCAGCCCCCGCAGCAACAGCAGCAACCGCCACAUGCGCAACCGCAGCAGCCGCCCAUGCGGGCUCCCUCGCCGCCAGCGUCGCCGCCUCGCACCUCCUCCACGCCGCACCGCCUCCGCCGCCACUCAGCCUCCACCGCGUCCACGUCGUCUGGCUCCGGUACCCUAGCAGCCAUCUCAGCGGCCGUCAGCGGGGGCGGCGCCAGCGAACAAGCGCACCCGCCGCCGCGGCCGCUCUCUGCGGAUGCUGUGGACCUCCAGGGACCGGCUCCAGGGAGCGCUGCUGCUGCCGCUAUUGUUGCUAAGCCUGCAGCGGCGGCGGACACUGCCACACGAAGCCAGCAACCACCAUCACAACCUGCCUACACAAACGAACAGCAGCUGCCUCAGCCGCUUCAGAGUGUUGCUGAACCGAUAUCCGUAGCUCCUCAAGGGCAGGUCCUGGCUCCCAAGCCCACUGCGCAGGCGCCGAUGGCACUCUCGCAAGCGGCGCCGCCGGCCGCCAGCCCAUCGUCCCCUCGUGUGCCUGGCGUGGUGGCUGCCACACCUGCUUCCCCCAGUUGCCUUGCGGGGCCUCCCCCGCCUCCUCCGCAUGCCUUCCCUGUAGCCAUGGCAGUUCCAACGACGACGUCUGCCGCAGCUGGACUGUCGUCAACGCCCACAGCUCGCAGUACGGCAGCGUACGACAACUUGCAUGAGCCUCCCGUCGUUGCCGAGGAGCCCAGUGAGGAGGAUCUCCCACCUCCUGCAGCAGCCCUCCCGCCACAGCAGCGGCCCGGUCCGGCAGCCGGCAGCAGCGGUGCCGGUAGCGUGCACAGCUCCUACGCCCAGCAAGCCAUGUAUGCAGUAACUGCACCCAUGGAUGACUACGUUGUUGAUGAGGAAGAGGAGCAGACUGGUGUGGUUGGUCCUGCAGCACAUGCCGCGCAUGCAGACGAGGUGGAGAUCGACGUGCAGGCUGCGGGCGAGGCUGUCCGCGGCAGCAGCAGCGGCCUCUCCGUGCUGCGGCGGCCGGGGUCAUGCGGCCUGGCUUCCUCACUCGGACGGCCGCCGAGUACCCCGGAGGGCAGUGUGCUGUCAGGUAGCCACAUCUCGGCGCGCCCGGGGUCGGGCUCGGGGUCCGUGUCUGCGUCGCUGCGGCCGAGCUCGGCACAGGGGGCUGCAGCCUGGGGCUCGGGAUACCAAGCCUCACUGCUGGACGACUCGGUGUCGAGCUUUGACUUUAGGGUGCGAUCCGCGGGCACGUCGAGGCCAGCCACGGCGGCGAAUGCGGCGGCGGAUGCCGCUUUGGUUUCGCCGCCUGUGGAGCAGGAUGAGGCGCCGCGGGUACAGCAGCAACAGCAGCUGCUGCAGCGGAGGCAGGACCUGGGGCUUCAAGAGCAGCAGCAGGGGCAGCAGCCGCUGGCGGCGCCGGUGGCUGCGUGGCAGGGGCAGGAGGAGCAGCCCCGGAGGGUGCAGAGCCAGGGGCAAGGACGACAAGCGCAUGCGCCGCAGCGGCAUGUUAGAAGCCAUGUCGGGGCGACACAUGCGUUCGAGGUGUUGCAGCCGCCAGCUGGCACAUUAGGGGGUGGAAGCGGCGGCAGGGCUUACGCUGGCGAAGGCAGCGAAGGCGACGCUGGUCAACCGUUUGUAGAGGAGCCCGUGGUCAGCGAGCGGAUCGAGCCAAUGCCAGCAGGUAAAGCAGCAGCUUUAGCUCCGAGCGCCAACAGCAGUUCUGUCAUGUACGGCGGGCCGCCUGUUGUGGCCGCUGCCGUACCUCCACCGCUGCCGUACGCCGCUGUAGAGGCUCCGGGUGCUGCUCCAGUUCCUACUGCUGCUGCUGCCGCCGCCGCUGCUCCCCCAAUUGCUGCUGAGCCCGAUCUGGACGACUUGAUGCGAGAGAUCCAGGCGCUUUCGGCGCUGCGUAAAGCACUCAAGGCGGAGUUUGAAGGUAUGGGGCGCGGGGAGGCGGUUGCGGCCUUGGGAACCCUUUCCGCAAACUUCGUGCCGGUUUCGGAGCCCGCAGCGGCUGCUGAUGAGGUUGAGGACACUGCUGGCACGCAGCUGCAGCCGCCACCGCAGCAGCAGCAGCAGCCACUGGAACACGCAGUGCAGCAGCAGCAGCCUUCUUCUUAUCCUGGUAUGGUACAGCAGCACCAGCACCAGCAGCAAGUAGUGGCGCCCCAGGUGGCACCAACGCCGGCGCCAGCGCCGGUGCAGGAACCUGCGGCACCGCUGCUGCAAUGGAGUGUUCCGAGCCGAGCCGGAGCGGGGGUCCCUACUGCACCGGGAGCAGCGUCUGUUCCGUACGGGGCUACAGCUGUACGGCAGCAGCAGCAGCUGGCUGAAUCUCAGCAGCCGGAGUACCCGCAGCAGCAGCAGCAACAACACCAUGUGUCCCAAGGUCCGCCGCAGCCGCAGCAGCUACACACGCAGCAGGCACUACCCGUCACAGCCGCGCAGCUGCCCACACCGCAGCUGCCGCAGCAAGAAUACCGGCAGCAGCAGCAGCAACAACCAUAUGCCAGAGUCCCCCAGCAGCAACAGCAGCAGCGGCACCAGGCGCCCCCAACCAGUUUGCACCCGCCCCAAGCCAUUAGCAUGGACCAACCGGCUCCGCUAGCCACCUUGACUCCCUCCAUCCAGGCCGCUGCUGCUCCCACGGCUUCGUUUGGUGGGGCCCAAGCGGUGCUGCCAGCAGGCGCCGCCUGGGGCGUGGAUUCCGCCUCCGCCUCCGCUGCUGUGGAGGAGCCCCAGGUCGGCUCAUUCGCCUUUGCUCCGCCUGCAGGCGCCGCCAUGGACAGCAUUCCGCUCGCUGCCGUGCUGUCACCGCCGCCACUGCCCAUGUCGCAGCCGGUUCUCCCCGUAGCGGCGACGGCUGCACCCCAGCCAUUACCGCAACCGCAGCCGCAGUCACAGCCGGUGGCAGCACCUGCAGCCCUGCAGUGGACGAUACCCGUGGCUGCCGGCGGUGGAGGCGGAGGCGCAGCGCCCGCGCCGUGCAAUUCAUCACCUCAACGCCUGGGCAGCCGCAGCAGCCAGGGUACUGCCGGGUCGCGAGGCGCUUCAACACCCACCAGGACCGCCCACCGGCCAGCUCCCCCGUCCGCAGGUGGCUACGCGAUGCAGCCCUCAGCAGACAGCUUUGGCGGCUCGGACACUCGGAGCGCCAGUCGAGGGAGGGCUCCUCAGCCCAUUGCCACCAUCAACGCCAACGCGGCAACAGGCAAUCGCGCCGUCGGUGGCGGGGCAGCUGCACCCCCGGAGCGGCCGCUGAUCAACGAGGGGAGUUACGUCCAGGCAGCUGCCCAGGCGAGGGAGCGUGCCGAACAGGAACGUGCAGCCCGGGAGGCCCUCAAAGCGGAGGCCGCAGCCGCCAAGGCUGCAGCCCUCAACAAGAGCAGGGCCGCGGACCGUACGGCAACGACAGCGGCGUCACCAGGGGUAGCGUCGCCGUCGGGUGCUGGGGCCGGGCCGCUGGGGCCGAAAGCGCCGUCCACCAUUGGCUCCUACGUACGGCAGCCUUCGCCGUCACCUGUACGGCCGUCUGGCCGGGCCGCGUCGACGGGGCGUGGAGACCUGAGCGCCGGCCCGUCCGAGGCUGCAUUGGUGCAGCCGCCGCCGCCGUCGCAGCAGCAGCAGCGGCAAGGGGCGGGUACUCCCACCCGCUCGCGUAUUCCGGCGCCUCCGUUGUUCAGAGACGCCCCUGCUGCUGGCGCGGCCGCUGCCGCCAACGGCGGGGGCGGCGUCCCUCCAGCCCGAGAGGACUCCUUCGAUAGCGAUUUGGACUUCCUCGAACGUGCGUCCAUUGUCUCAGAAACAACCGAGACCACCGACUCGCCAUCGCCGCCACCGCCGCCGCGGCGGGAAGCUUUCGCCUCACCGCCGCCAGCCGCUGCCGCCGCCAGUACGGCAUACCGUGAGCGUCUGGCGGAGGCGCGGCCCAAGCCGCUGCGCAUCCCCAAUUCGGGCUCCGCCACACCCAUGGGCGGGGGAGCUAGCACGGCAAGCACCGUAGCUAGCCAUGCGGUACCUACCGGCGGAGGCAGGGCCCCCGCCGCCGCCGCCGCCGGCGCCCGUGGCGGGGGCGGCGGCGGCAAGCCGUCGACGCCCUUCACGGCGGCCAUCCGUGAGCUGAUGGGACUGCCUGGUUCAGCGCCGUUGGAGCAGUCGCGGGCUGCUGCUGCUGGGGGCCGCCAGUCGGGAGGAGGGGGUCGCGUUGGCGCCGGUCAGCUGCAGCAGCAGCAGCAGCAGCUGGGGGCCCCUCGGCGGAUGUCGGAUGAGGAGGACCAGCUGCUGGCGUCGUUGCAGAGGCUGGACGCGGAUAUACUGCGCAGGGGUCUCAUGGCCGCCGGCAUCAUCACCCAGCCGCCAACCGCACCCACCAACGGCACCACCGCAGCGCCAGGCGCCAAGGCCGCUGCUGCCGGCAGCAGCAAGACCCGCGCCGGGGCUGCGGGCGCUAGCACCGCUGCUGCUGCUGCUGCUGCCGGCGGUGGUGGCGGCGGCAAGGGCGGCGCGCUGAGCAACUCGUUCCAGCAGGAUCAGCUGCGAGAGAGUCUGGAGAAGCUGGACGUGCGGCUAGGGGCGCUCAGGAGGAAGAUGGAAGAUCGAGCCUGCAUGAUGGGCGUACCGUUCUCUGGAGCGACAACCGCCGCGCCGGCCCCCAACGCACCAUCCUCCGCAGCCUCAGCCGCUGCUGCCGGGGGCAAGCGCGACGCCACACCUCAGCGCGAGGAGCGCCGAGGGCCGCCCGCCACACUCGCCAAGUCGCGCACGCCCACUCCCAACAAGGCCAAAGCCAUUCGCGACCAGCGGCAGCAGCAGCUCAGUGCCGUACAAGGCCCGCCGCCGCCGCCGUCACGCGUGGCGGGUGCGACGAGCGCGGCUGCGCCGCCCAAGCCUGCGUCUGCGCCUACCUUGGGAUCUCAGGGUGCUGCUGAGCUCUCCUCGGCGCUUCAACAGCAGGGCGUGACGCAGACGACACAGGCGCCGCCGCUACAGCAGCAGCAGCAAUACGCAGGGUACGCUGGCGGCGGAGGCGGACAAGUUCCAACAGCUGCGGCGAGGGCAAUGGCGGGACAGCCAGUCGGCAUGCCACCACGGCCGCCCGGUCCUGCAGUCAGAGCACCCGCCAGCGCACCCUCAGCACCCUCCGCCGUCAACGCUGCGACACAGCAGCAACAGCAGUUCCUGCAACAACAACAACAGCAGCAGCAACAACAACAGCAGAUGUACAUGAUGCCACCGCCAGGCGCGCAUCAGGGUAUGAUGCCCGCUGGGGCCAUGCCCAUGCCGUACGCUGCCAUGCCCCCCGGCGGAGUUGGCGGCGGAGCCAUGCCCAUGUACGGCAUGCCUCCGCAAUUGCCACCAGCGCAGGUGGCUGCAGGGGGACAGCAGGUGGCGUACGUGCCCGCCGUACUUCCCAACGGUCAGGUGGCGUACGUUCCACAGUACGUCUCUUCCUCCGCUGCACCAGCUGCUGGUGUCCCUCCUGCAGGGGCUUUCCCUGGGUUCAUGCAGGGCCACCCGCAGAUGCCGCCUCAGCAGCAGCAGCAGCACUAUGCACAGCAAGGCGGGCCCAUGCUUGCAUGGGGGGCUCCGCAACAGUCUCAGCAGCAGCAGCAACAUCCCGCCCCAACGGCGGUGGCAGCGGGGAUGCCGUACAACGGCGGCCACACGAUGCAGUACCAAGGAGGUGGAAGCAGCGGCGGCGGCUCUGCGGCAUCUGGAGUGAGUUUGUACUCGUUUGACAGGUCACAAUCCGGACCCAUGGGUCAUGGCAUGGCGGGUAUGGCCUCCUACGGCCCGGGGCAAGACGGGGGCGCUGGCGGCGGCGGCGCCAGCAGUGGCGGUGGUUACGGCGGUCAUGGUACGACAAACCAACAACAGCAGCAGCACAACGCGUUGCCGUACGCAACGGGGCCGCCGCCCAGCGGCCCUCUGCCGCACUACCAAAGCACGGUCAUGCGAACCCGCAGCAUCGGCAGUCGAGAUGGUGAGGCUAUGGUCGCCGCCGCAACUGCCGCGGGGGUCAUUCCCUCGCAUCUCGGCUACCAAGGCCAACAGCAGCAACAUUACCAACAGCAACAGCAACCACCGCAUCAACAACCCAUGUACGACAACAACCAACAGUUUGCCGUACAGCAACAGCAAUCCAUGGCAGCUCAACAGCAUUACCAGCAGCCCCAGCAGCAUCAAGCGCACUCCUCGCAGCCUCACCAAGUACAGGUGCAAUCGUUCGGGCCCAAUGGGACUACUACGCGCGGUGUGGCAGGCA